GACAAGGGGCGCUGGAAAUCAUUAACCUCUGGUGGAUUUACAACGCCGACUUACAAGGGCCAACAUGAGCUCGUAUUUAGACUUAUACUCGGAAGGCGACAUGAUGCCAUUGCCUGUGAAAUUCUGUCACGACGAACACAAACCAGGGAUACUUCAGUACCACGGGGAGAUAGUUGGGAGACUUUCGUCAGGUAUGCUGGACCACCAGAGCAGCAGUCGGUCGAUAUCAGGAGGAGUGCAUCAUCAAGGUGUGUUUAAGGUGCCACGCGAUAGCGACGCAUCUGUAUCUGAUGGCAAUUACGUGGAUCAGGGACUUGCUUAUAAUUUGGCGUAUGGAUGCUACAACGACGUGGAACAGAACAGGGUGCAUACCCAGUGCGUGAACUCGGCAUAUUCAGGAAACGGUCCUUUCCCCAGCCAUCCCACAGAGACCUACUACCACGAUAUUAGAGAAACAAACCAGCAGUGGCAGAGCAUAAAGUUAUCGCGAGGAUUCGUCAAUGCCAGUCAUCAGACUGCAUCACCAUCCCAUGAGAAUUGUCCAAGAACUGGUCCUAGGCAAGAGGAGCCGCAAGUUUUGGCAAAUACAUUUGACUGGAUGAAAAUCAAAAGAAGCAACCCCAAAAUCAGUAAAGCUAUUGAAUAUGGAUUAUCGAACGCCGGAUCAAUUCCAAGAACAAAUUUCACAACCAAGCAGUUAACAGAAUUAGAAAAAGAAUUUCAUUUCAACAAGUAUCUCACCAGGUCAAGAAGGGUUGAGAUAGCUCAUAGUUUGCACCUGAAUGAAACCCAGGUGAAAAUAUGGUUUCAAAACAGAAGAAUGAAACAAAAGAAGAGAGAGAAAGAAGGCCUUACUGGGAUGUGCGUGCCUCCCAUAUCGAAGACCUUGGACUCGUCCCCAUCAUCAGAACUCAACUCUCCAGUUUCAUCCCCUCCCUGCUCCCCCAUCACGCUCUCCCACAGCGGAUAACUGGAGGGGUUGAGCACAUCAUUGUGGUUUACUCAGAUUUCUGUU